AUGCUCUCCCCGUACGCCCCAGAGCGUCGCGAUGCUCUCCCCGGACGCCCCAGAGCAUCGCGAUGCUCUCCCCAGCCGCCCCAGAGCGUUAUGAUGCUCUCCCCGGACGCCCCAGAGCGUCGUGAUGCUCUCCCCGGACGCCCCAGAGCGUCGCGAUGCUCUCCCCGGACGCCCCAGAGCGUCGCGAUGCUCUCCCCGGACGCCCCAGAGCGUCGCGAUGCUCUCCCCGGCCGCCCCAGAGUGUCGCGAUGCUCUCCCCGGACGCCCCAGAGCCACGCGAUGCUCUCCCCAGCCGCCCUAGAGCGUCGUGAUGCUCUCCCCGGACGCCCCAGAGCGUCGCGAUGCUCUCCCCGGACGCCCCAGAGCGUCGCGAUGCUCUCCCCGGACGCCCCACAGCGUCGCGAUGCUCUCCCCGGACGCCCCAGAGCGUCGCGAUGCUCUCCCAGGACGCCCCAGAGCGUCGCGAUGCUCUCCCCGGACGCCCCAGAGCGUCGCUAUGCUCUUCCCAGACGCCCCAGAGCGUCGCGAUGCUCUCCCCGGAAGCCCCAGAGCAUCGCGAUGCUCUCCCCGGACGCCCCAGAGCGUCGCGAUGCUCUCCCCGGACGCCCCAGAGCGUCGCGAUGCUCUCCCCGGACGCCCCAGAAAAUCGGGAUGCUCUCCCCAGCCGCCCCAGAGCGUCGUGAUGCUCUCCCCGGACGCCCCAGAGCGUCGCGAUGCUCUCCCCGGACGCCCCAGAGGGUCGCGAUGCUCUCCCCGGACGCCCCAGAGCGUCGCGAUGCUCUCCCCAGACGCCCCAGAGCGUCGCGAUGCUCUCCCCGGACGCCCCAGAUCGUCGCGAUGCUCUCCCCGGAAGCCCCAGAGCAUCGCGAUGCUCUCCCUGGACGCCCAGAGCGUCGCGAUGCUCUCCCCGGACGCCCUAGAGCGUCGCGAUGCUCUCCCCGGACGCCCCAGAGCGUCGCGAUGCUCUCCCCGGACGCCCCAGAGCGUCUCGAUGCUCUCCCCGGACGCCCCAGAGCGUCGCGAUGCUCUCCCAGGACGCCCCAGAGCGUCGCGAUGCUCUCCUCAGACGCCCCAGAGCGUCGCUAUGCUCUUCCCGGACGCCCCAGAGCGUCGCGAUGCUCUCCCCGGAAGCCCCAGAGCAUCGCGAUGCUCUCCCCGGACGCCCCAGAGCGUCGCAAUGCUCUCCUCGGACGCCCUAGAGCGUGGCGAUGCUCUCCCCGGACGCCCCAGAGCAUCGCGAUGCUCUCCCCAGCCGCCCCAGAGCGUCGUGAUGCUCUCCCCGGACGCCCCAGAGCGUUGGGAUGCUCUCCCCGGACGCCCCAGAGCGUCGCGAUGCUCUCCCCGGACGCCCCAGAGCGUCGCAAUGCUCUCCCCAGCUGCCCCAGAGCGUCGCGAUGCUCUCCCCGGACGCCCCAGAGCGUCGCGAUGCUCUCCCCGGACGCCCCAGAGCGUCGCGAUGCUCUCCCCGGACACCCCAGAGGGACGCCCCAGAGCGUCGCGAUGCUCUCCUCAGACGCCCCAGAGCGUCGCUAUGCUCUUCCCGGACGCCCCAGAGCGUCGCGAUGCUCUCCCCGGAAGCCCCAGAGCAUCGCGAUGCUCUCCCCGGACGCCCCAGAGCGUCGCAAUGCUCUCCUCGGACGCCCUAGAGCGUGGCGAUGCUCUCCCCGGACGCCCCAGAGCAUCGCGAUGCUCUCCCCAGCCGCCCCAGAGCGUCGUGAUGCUCUCCCCGGACGCCCCAGAGCGUUGGGAUGCUCUCCCCGGACGCCCCAGAGCGUCGCGAUGCUCUCCCCGGACGCCCCAGAGCGUCGCAAUGCUCUCCCCAGCUGCCCCAGAGCGUCGCGAUGCUCUCCCCGGACGCCCCAGAGCGUCGCGAUGCUCUCCCCGGACGCCCCAGAGCGUCGCGAUGCUCUCCCCGGACACCCCAGAGGAGCGUCGCGAUGCUCUCCCCGGACGCCCCAGAGCGUCGCGAUGCUCUCCCCGGACGCCCCAGAGCGUCUCGAUGCUCUCCCCGGACGCCCCAGAGCGUCGCGAUGCUCUCCCAGGACGCCCCAGAGCGUCGCGAUGCUCUCCUCAGACGCCCCAGAGCGUCGCUAUGCUCUUCCCGGACGCCCCAGAGCGUCGCGAUGCUCUCCCCGGAAGCCCCAGAGCAUCGCGAUGCUCUCCCCGGACGCCCCAGAGCGUCGCAAUGCUCUCCUCGGACGCCCUAGAGCGUGGCGAUGCUCUCCCCGGACGCCCCAGAGCAUCGCGAUGCUCUCCCCAGCCGCCCCAGAGCGUCGUGAUGCUCUCCCCGGACGCCCCAGAGCGUUGGGAUGCUCUCCCCGGACGCCCCACAGCGUCGCGAUGCUCUCCCCGGACGCCCCAGAGCGUCGCGAUGCUCUCCCAGGACGCCCCAGAGCGUCGCGAUGCUCUCCCCGGACGCCCCAGAGCGUCGCUAUGCUCUUCCCAGACGCCCGAGAGCGUCGCGAUGCUCUCCCCGGAAGCCCCAGAGCAUCGCGAUGCUCUCCCCGGACGCCCCAGAGCGUCGCGAUGCUCUCCCCGGACGCCCCAGAGCGUCGCGAUGCUCUCCCCGGACGCCCCAGAGAAUCGCGAUGCUCUCCCCAGCCGCCCCAGAGCGUCGUGAUGCUCUCCCCGGACGCCCCAGAGCGUCGCGAUGCUCUCCCCGGACGCCCCAGAGGGUCGCGAUGCUCUCCCCGGACGCCCCAGAGCGUCGCAAUGCUCUCCCCAGCUGCCCCAGAGCGUCGCGAUGCUCUCCCCGGACGCCCCAGAGCGUCACGAUGCUCUCCCCGGACGCCCCAGAGCGUCGCGAUGCUCUCCCCAGACGCCCCAGAGCGUCGCGAUGCUCUCCCCGGACGCCCCAGAUCGUCGCGAUGCUCUCCCCGGAAGCCCCAGAGCAUCGCGAUGCUCUCCCUGGACGCCCAGAGCGUCGCGAUGCUCUCCCCGGACGCCCUAGAGCGUCGCGAUGCUCUCCCCGGACGCCCCAGAGCGUCGCGAUGCUCUCCCCGGACGCCCCAGAGCGUCUCGAUGCUCUCCCCGGACGCCCCAGAGCGUCGCGAUGCUCUCCCAGGACGCCCCAGAGCGUCGCGAUGCUCUCCUCAGACGCCCCAGAGCGUCGCUAUGCUCUUCCCGGACGCCCCAGAGCGUCGCGAUGCUCUCCCCGGAAGCCCCAGAGCAUAG